AUGGAAAAGGAAGACACAAAUAUUUUUAUAGGUGAUCAAUGGGGUAAGGUGGAUGUCAGAUUUUCAUUCUGUGCUGUCGCCACAUUAUCACUUUUGAACCGUUUAGACGCGAUAGAUGUUGAAAAAGCAGUGCAAUUUGUAUUAAAAUGUAUGAAUUUUGAUGGGGGAUUUGGUUCGAAACCAGGAUCUGAGAGUCAUGCAGGUUUAAUUUAUUGCAGCGUCGGAUUACUUUCAAUUACAGGGCAUUUGCAUUUGAUAGAUGCUAACCGCUUAGGAUGGUGAUUAUGUGAGAGACAGCUACCUUCGGGUGGUUUAAAUGGCAGGCCUGAAAAGUUACCGGAUGUAUGUUAUUCUUGGUGGGUGCUGUCGACGUUAACAAUUUUAGGUCGUCUGCAUUGGAUAGAUAAAAAAGGCAUGAUAGAUUAUAUUUUAAUUUGUCAAGAUGUCGAAACUGGCGGUUUUAGUGAUCGGCCUGGUGAUAUGGUUGACCCUUUCCAUAUCUUAUUCGGCCUCACCGCAUUAUCGUUAUUAGAUGAGAACUUUUCGUUGAAACCAAUAAAUCCUACUUAUUGUAUGCCAGAAUAUAUAAUCGAACGUUUAGGUCUUAAAUCGUCGCGACUCGAAGCAUGAUUAUAUACUUGACAUGUUUCACGAUGUACAUUAUUUCCUAUUUGUCAAAUAUAGGUAGAUUUUUAAGAAAAUA